CGGUACAUCAUGGCGCUGCUGUCCCACGUGAUGAGCGCGGUCGUUACCGUGAGCCACGACAAACACAGCAGCGAGGGACAGAGCAAAACAAACAAGCUACACGAGAUGAUCCAGGGAGCUGUGCUGGGCCUGGCCACCAAGAUCCUCCUGGGCUGUCAGGAGGUGCUGGAGGUUCUGCUGGACGUUUGUCGCUCCUUCUCAGCGAGCGGGGCGGAGGAGCGGGAAUGCAGGUUCCAGGGCCUGGAGCGGGUUGCCAAGGCGACGGUGCUGGGUCACCUCCUGCCCGUGCUGAUGACAUCACUCACCCACGGCAACCUGAAGUACCUGCCGCUGGCCGACGCCCUGAUGCCACAGCUGGUGCAGCUGGUCGUGCUGUCCAGCCAGUGUGCCUUGCUGCUGAAGACGCAGGCGUGCCGCCCCGGGGUGGAGGAUCCGCCCCCCACCCCCACAUCCGACGUGGUCGAGCUCAUCGGGGGAGGCAAGCAGACAGACGAGAUGAAACAUGACACCGAGGAGGACGCAGGUUUCCUGUUCGGGGUGAAGGUUCCUGCGCCCUGGGCCACAGGGAAGUCCGUCGAGUCCAUCCACCCCGUCCGGGACAACUACAAGUUCCGCGAGACCGUCCAGAUCCCGGGCGCCAGGUGUCUCUACCUGCGCUUCGACCCUAGGUGUUCGUCUCAGUACGA